GCUAUUCGAGUACGGAGAAUUGAUAUAUCUGGCAAUGGCACAGUGGUGUAGCAGAUGAAAAAAUAUAUUCUCACGCGGAUUCCUUGAUUGAACACCAUCACCCAUUUCAAUGAGGAAUCCUCGGAAGAGUAGUAAUGGUAGUUUGGGUACCGAUUUCCUCCCUCCCUUGGUAAUAGCAAGACUAGUAAUCUCCAUCAUCUUCUCACUUUCCAGCAUUGCAGACUCAUUUUCUUCUUACCAUUUUACGAAAAUACCCCCUCCUCUUCCCAUUCUGCCUCUCCCUUCAUCCUCUCAGCUGUCAUGGCAACUGGGAGAGAUGGCCUUAUUCCUCCAUUUCGGCACUAACACCUUCACUGACUCCGAAUGGGGUACAGGCCACGCCGACCCCUCCAUCUUCGAUCCGGGGCUAACCCUUAACGCCUCCCAGUGGGCCCAGGUCGCCAGGGAUGCUGGCUUCUCAAGGAUCAUCCUCACUGCCAAGCACCAUGAUGGCUUCUGCCUCUGGCCCUCCUCCUACACCAAUUACUCCAUCGCCGCCAGCCCUUGGAGAGGCGGGAAGGGUGAUGUCGUUGCUGAUCUGGCAGCUGCUGCGAGGGAAGCCGACCUCGGUCUGGGGCUCUACCUAUCUCCUUGGGACCGGCACGAGGCGUGUUAUGGGAAAACGUUGGCGUAUAAUGAGUACUAUAUAGGGCAGAUGACUGAAUUGCUAACAGGGUAUGGGCUGAUUAAGGAUGUCUGGUUGGACGGUGCCAAGGGGGAAGGCGAGAAGAAUAUGGACUACUACUUUGAUUGUUGGUUUGAACUCAUUCAUCAGCUCCAGCCUGAGGCUACCAUAUUUUCCGAUGCCGGCCCAGACAGCAGAUGGAUCGGCGAUGAGGCUGGUAUUGCUGGCUCUACUUGUUGGUCUCUUUUCAAUAAGAGCUCUGUCACCAUAGGUGGCAACAAUGAUUACCAGUAUUCACGUGACGGAGAUCCUCUAGGACAUGAUUGGGUUCCUGCUGAGUGUGAUGUGUCCAUUAGGCCCGGCUGGUUUUGGCACAGCUCGGAACACCCUAAAUCUGCGGCCACCCUGCUCGAUCUAUAUUACAGAUCAGUGGGCAGGAACUGUCUCUUGUUACUAAACGUGCCCCCUAAUUCUUCCGGUCUGAUAUCGGAUGAAGACAUCCAAGUGCUCCAAGAUUUCGCUGAGCUCCGGCGCAUCAUAUUCUCCAAUAACUUGGCAGAGAACGCUUCUGUUACUGCAAACAACACACGUGGAGGCAUUGCAGACCCUCGGUUCAGCCCUUACAAUGUCCUAAAAGAAGGUAUCUACAGUUACUGGGCUCCUGAGGAGGGUCAAUCUAUUUGGGCAAUAUACAUGGACCUUGGGCAACUGUCACCAUUCAAUGUCCUGCAAGUUCAGGAGCCGAUUCAGAUGGGGCAGCGAGUUAUUGAGUUCCAUCUUGAUUUUCUAACUGAAGGAGAAUGGCGGACAAUAAUAAAUGGCACGACUGUGGGAUACAAAAGGCUGAUACGAUUUACCUUGGUAAAAUCACAGUGGGUAAGAUUUGUCAUUGAUAAGUCCCGAGCAGACCCACUGAUUUCUUAUUUGGGUUUUUAUCUGGACCCAUUUUCUGGUCUGAACACUUCUUCAUGGUAUUUUGACAGCAGCCAUGUUCAGCAGAAAGCAUAUGACAUUUCUAGCAAUGCAACCAAAGCCACGAUGUAGUUAUAGAAAGUUGCAUCUUUCUUCCUGAGAAUUAUAGGACCCUACUUACCAGCAUUGUAUAGUCUUCUGAAAUGGUGAAUUUGGUACACGUGGUUCCUGAUUAGAUUAUCCAAACUGUUGGUCUGAUGGGGGAUACCCUGGAAAGUUCCCAGACUGGAGACCAGAUCAUUUCAAUAUGGUGGUCUAUGGUAGGGGGGAGAGGGAGAGGGAGGGAGGGAGAGAGAGGGAGGGAGGGAGAGAUCAUAAGAUCAACAGUUGAGAUCACCCAACACUUGGCCCCACACAUGAAAGCAAUGCUCAUCAGAUCAACAGUUGAUAUCACCAAACAGUCGGCCUGCACAAGAAAGCACGUCAAAGACUAUGGUUGUUGAUGAGUAGAUCCCUACAAUUCCUCCUCACAUCCCACCGUCACGUGACCAAUAUUUGUUUGUCUCAUGUAUUAUUGUUUGUUUUGUUUUUUGUUUUUGUUUUUGUUUUUGUUUUGUUUUGUUUUCUUUAAUGUGUGGCAAUUUGGAUAUAAGGUUGUGGUGAUUUUUCUGCAGUUCCAUCAAUGUGAUGGGUGUCAGCCCUUGGGUUGUAAUGCUAUUGUUGUAUACUUUUAACCUACAGUCUAUUUACAUGAU